CAUUUCCAAUCCGUUUUUCACCUGGGGAAUUUGUCUAGGUCAUCGAGCCGGACGCCAGAAUCUACCCUAUCAACUUUCCAAUGAGCAAAUUGAGCAAUCUCAACCGUCAGUUCAUUCUGAAUUUGAAGACUCAUGAGGUGAUCACAGAAGCUAAACGGAACCUAAUCCUCCUGAUCUUGAAGUCUACCACGACCAAGAGAGAGGCCCGCAACUACUUGCACAAGUACCAGAACCAAUUCGACUUCCUGGAGGUGAGCUUCGGGAACAAGGGGCUUGUAUCGUCGUCGUCUAACAGUCUCACCCAGCGUGACUCACAACGUGAGCUUUUUGUCAACCGGUACCUCAACAAACAGAAUCCAUUUGUCGGGAUAUACACCGAGGACGAGGAGAAGGUGGCGAAGAUCCCGCUCCGGAUUGCCAUCGUCAAGGUGAAGGUUGGGACUGUGCUGAACGAGCAAUGGGAGGGCAUGGCCGAGACUUUCAAACGGUUGGUCCAUUUGGGCAUAUCACCCAUAAUUGUGUUGGAUUACGAACAGGGGUUCACCGAGGAGUUCAAGAAGGCUGAGAGGUACAUCAUGGAACAGGCCAGCAGGGUCACAAAGGUGUUGGCCGGGGCCAGGGGGAACCCGUCGCUGGGUGGCAUUGGACGAGGAGGUGGAGGAAGAGGACUCUCACAUGAUUCCAUACAAUCAACCCCGCUUCUGCUCUUCACCAAGCGAGAGGACACCCUUUCAAUCAACUUCCUUGAACAAUUGCUUGUGCCGCUUUACCAGGGGAUCAUCCCGAUCAUCCAACCCAUUGUGUAUAACGCAAGCACCACCUUCCAGGAGAUUGUGGACCUGGACGAGCUCUUGCACAGUCUCUGCCAGCUGUUGGUCAGCUGCACGUCACUCCUUUCAAUUGAAAAGGUCAUCAUGAUCGACCCCCAGGGGGGAAUCCCCUCGAUCGAACGGAACCAGACGUCGCACGUGUUCAUCAACCUUUCGCAGGAGUACUCAGACAUUGUUCUGGAGCUCUACAUCGGGUUCAUCUCGCCGCUGGUGCGUGACCGGCACUUGGCUAACCUCCGUACCAUGAACAAGCUCUUGCGGUUGAUCUCGGACCAUGCGGGCAACGAUGACGCCACGGGGAUCAUCACGACCCCGUACAUCAUGUCGAUCAACUCCGACCAACUCAACCCAAUCAUCUACAACGUGUUGACCGACAGACCGGUGAUCUCGUCGUCUCUUCCUCUGCUGCACACAAGAACGCCACAGCUCUCGACGUCCAUCCUCAAGAAGGGUAUGGAUGUGUUGGUGGUGGACAGGGAUAAUUACCUUCAGCCGUUCACUCUCGAGAACUUGUUUGAGGAUCAGAUCGUCGACCGGACCAAAUUGAUCAAUCUCAUCAACGACUCAUUUGGUAAGGAUCUUGAUGUCGACAAGUAUUUUGCCCGGAUCAAUUCUCUGCUUGCCUCAAUAAUCAUUCUUGGCGACUAUGACGGGGCGGCAAUCAUCACCUGGGAACGCGAGCUGGAAGAUCUGCCCGCGGUGGCGUACUUGGACAAGUUUGCCAUUGCCAAGCGGAACCAGGGGCUCCCGGGGCUUGCCGACGUGGUGUUCAAGGCGGUUCUCCAAACAAGUCCACAAGAGCUUCUCUGGCGGUCGAGAAAGAACAAUCCCGUCAACAAGUGGUACUUUGAGCGAUGUGUCGGGACCUUGAGCAACCCCGAGAGUCAAUGGAAGCUUUUCUACACCGGGGAGAUGUUCAACAAGAGAAUUGACCGAAGCAAGGGGAAGACGCGUCCAGAGAAUGUGGACAUACAGGCUAAAUUACGAAGUUACAGUCUUAUUUGCGAGAGCAUUGAACCAUCGUUCAAGGUGGUAGAGCAAGAGAAGAAGUAGGCCUGUUCAAGGGGAUGCCACCGGUGGGCACGACUCCUACAAUUUCACAUCCACGGGUCAUAAUACCACCCGUCAUGGCGACCCCAGACGGGGUGGUAUACAUACUCCUCGU